UGGCCAGUUCAUCUUGCACCGUCCGCCUGAUGCAUUCAACAUGGCAGCUACGCGCGGUUUGAGGCGGCCGCGGUUGUUACUGUGGAUGUUGUGGCCGGCCUGGAGCUUUACACGACAUUCGGCGUCGGGCCCGGGCCUGGGCGCGAGGACUUACUCCCGGGGCGACGGCCAGUACUCGCGCACGGCGCUCUACGACCUGCUGGACGUCCCCACCACGGCCACGCAGGCGCAGAUCAAGGCCGCCUACUACCGGCAGAGCUUCGUCUACCACCCGGACCGCAACGCGGGGAGCGCCCAGGCCGCCGAGCGCUUCACGCGCAUCUCCCAGGCCUACGUGGUGCUGGGCAGUGCCACCCUCCGUCGCAAGUAUGACCGCGGUCUGCUCAGCGACGAGGACCUGCGCGGGCCCGGCGUCCGGCCCUCCAGGCCGCCCACCGCGGACGCCGGCCCUCCCCGCCCCCCGCCGGCCGCCUCUCGGGCCCAAGACGGCGGUCGGGGCGCGCCGGGCGCCAACCGCACCAUGUUCAACUUCGACGCCUUCUACCAGGCGCACUACGGGGAACAGCUGGAGCGCGAGCGGCGCCUGCGGGCCCGGCGGGAGGCCCUUCGCAAGCAGCAGGAGGACCGGGCCAAGAAAGGCUUCCGGUGGGACGAGGUCCGAGACACUGCUUUCAUUGUCGUUCUCCUCACCAUCUUCGCUGUCGUCGGCUUCCGUAUUUAAUCGGAGAGAGGAGGGAAGGGGAGCUGCCCCAGCCAGCCCCGAGUAAACGGCCUUUCCUGUCUUCUGAACCCUGGGCCUGCCUCUGUCUACCUCUGCUGGGGUCUGAAGGAACUCCCUGCCCUCCCGACCUGCCCCGCUUAGCCGGUGACCUGCACGUCCCUCCCCUGCGCUCCAGAAAAGGCGGCUUUGUGAUGCCUAAGAAAGAGGCCCCAAGAUGAAGAGUCCCGAAAGCCCAGGAGUGAAGGGUUUUCUGGAAUCCCUUGGGUGCCUGCUUCCAGAGGUCGCCUUCCUGAUGUUGUCGACUUCUGGAACACUUGCUCUGGCUUUAUUGUAAAGCCCUGAGCAAGAUUUAUCUGCUCCUGUCCCACAUUUGUACUUUGGGGCUCCUCUGUAACCUUGAAACGUGCAAUGUGACCAAUUGUUGGCUGCCAAAAGAAAAAGUCUGGGGUUGUACGAAACUUGUCUUUCUAUGAGUUCCCCAGGCCACAGGUGAGACCUGAUCCAGAGUAAAAAUGGGAUCUGUGGAAAGUCUGCCAUUCCUCCCUCUAUGGUCAGCCCCACACCGCACUCCCCCUUUUGUUGGUGGCAUUCGGGGGUGGGAAAACAAGGUCAUCAAGCAUUAGGAAUGAGUUCCUGUGCCCAUAUUUAUCUAAUGUAUGACCUUGGAGAGGUUACUCUGUGGACAUGACAGCAGAGGAAUAAGUCUGUCAUGCUUUAUUACCCAUAGUUCUAAUCCAUAGUGAUUACAACUUAGUGCUAGUAGGGCCAGGUUUAUCCUUGGGGCAGUGUGCCUGUCACCUGGUCAUCCCUUUACCUGCCAGCCCUAUUGCUAACUGUACAGCCCUUCCCCUCUCAGAAAUAGAGUGACAGAUGCAAAGCUAGAGUCCCAUGAGUGUAGCCAAUGCUCCUCUUUAACUUGCAGUGCUCACCACAGGCCCUACAAGUCCUUGAAAGAAGGCUGCUUGAGGCUGGGGGAAUCCUUGGGGGUUUGGAGUAGACAGGACUACUGAAGGACAGGAGGCUUGCUGUUCAAGGUGGAGACUCGGUUCCUUAUGCAUAGCUGGCGGAAGGUGUUUGUUUGUUUGUUUGUUUUUUAAUUUCCAAUUCAUGCAAAACAGUGGGUCAUCACUUGGUCAGAGCUGUAGGAGUAAGGCUGUGUUACCCAAGUCACUGGACGUGGGGAGUGGGUUGUCUGUGAGACUGUAGCUGCUAUAGCUUUUGUGCACUGGGACUGAGUGGAAAGCUGUGGGAGACGAAAACUCUUGGAGAAGGUCUACGGCAAGGAUGAGGCCCCAAGUCUAGGCUCUAAGCAAAGCCAGAGCUGGUUUGCUAUGUUACUGAGUGCAGUUGAGUGCAAUUCUUGCUCUCAAAUGUUUUGUGUAAAACUCCUUGUGUAAAUUGGGAUAAACCCUCACCUAGGUCAGCUUGGCCUCUUGAAAACCAUUCAGUUGUCAUCUGGAGGCUGGGGUUAAGCUCCCAGUCACCACUUUGCAGUGUCCAUAUGAUUCAACAGUAAAGAUGUGAGCCCACCUGGUUCAGAUUUGCUUGGCUCAGUGAGCCUUGAUUGGUAGAAGGAGGGUAUGUACUUUUGAAAAAGAACAUUUAAUGGUAUUAUGUUUCACAUUUGGGAAACAAGCUGGAAAGUCUGUUAUUUUUGAAAUACAAACAACAGGAAGUGGAGCAUAGUGACAUGUACAGAAGCUAGUGAUUCUAAACAAAUAAAGUGAGGCAUAACAGAG